AUGAAGCAAAAAAGCUCGUCGUCAGAGAAGCCGAUUUAUGCCAUAAGUAUAUCGUCGGAGACAGCUUCAUACGAUGACGACGACGAAUUAUCAAGCGAACCAACAUGUUGCUGCGGAUUUAUGAGAAUAACUUUGGGUCUUCGACUGGUUGCUCUUUUACGAUUAGUUUUGGAUUUAAUAGCACUUUACUGCGUUUGGGAUACUGUAUUUGCCUACUUCCUUGUGAUUUCAUCAAUUGGUACUUUUACCGUGCUAUGUAUUAUAAUCAGCGGACUUCAGCAAGAGGAGCAUACUCGCUUGAAAUACACCAAGUUAUGGGUGGCAUUUAAACUUGUGAUUACGGUUGCUUUAAUUCUUACUGUGGCUAUCGGUGUUUAUGAAGGCGAUUUCGACUUCUUAGAAACAGUUCCUUUGGCCUCAGAGACUGUUAUACUUGUAAUAACGGUGUCAUUCGUCCUCAUGUCAUCUGCUUUCGUUCAGUGAAAAAGGAAAAUACUGAAUGCUCCAACAAUUGCGUCGUUAUUCCAACAUCGGUCUUUGAAGUCGAACAUCUUCAAGACGCAGAAGGAAGGAGCGUGGCGUAGAAAUGGGCUAAACGAGAAGUUCGGCAACGACUCGCUAGGACCAUUGAUAAAAUGUCUUUCUAGGGACCUGCCAAUGGUAUCGACAACAAUGGGAGAAUCAGAUCUUAAAAAGCAGACUGCCACUUGUUAA